AUGCCUCAAAUUGAAGAAAUAAGUGAUGCGGAGGAUAUCGACAAUCUGGAUUUGGAUAUUGCAGAGUUUGAUCCGGAUCUCGUGACUCCUGUGGCCCCCAGAUAUGAAGAUAAUAGAGGAUCAGCAGCAUUGACAAGUUCUAGUAAGCCCCAAAUGGAUGCGGCAGAUGCUGCUAUGGCCGAAUUAUUGAGAAGGAGUAAUGAAGGUAUCGAGGAGCUUUCAGAUACGACGACACAAAGGCCAGAAAGGCCAGAGAGGCCAGAAAAUCCUCGUAGAACAGAAGAUCUAACUGACGAAGAAAGGAAACAACUAUCAACCAUGCAGAGUCUCUAUCCAUGCUAUUUUGAUUCCAAUAGAAGCGUGAAAGAGGGAAGAAGGGCACCUAUAGAAAAAUGUGUGGAGAACCCGCUUGCUAAUACCAUUCUUAAUGCUUGCAGAAGCUUUGGAUUUCCUGCUCUGCUGGAAUCAGACAAGUCACAUCCUCAAGACUUUGGUAAUCCGGGAAGAGUCAGAUUGGCCUUGAAGUUUGAGGAAAAACCUACUCACAAAAGUAUUAGAAGCAAAAGGCAGUUGUUAAAUGAGGUUGGUGAUUAUUUACUUAAGCAUCCUACCACUUUGGAUACGGUAAAGGAAAUGCCGGGACCUCCAGAGCUUACUCAGGGUUCCUAUCAGCCUACAAAGGUGCCGAAAGUUCUCAAUUUCAAGAUGAACACCAUAGUUCCUUUGCACUCCCCUCUCACGAUGAAGAAUCCUCAGACGGCCAGCGCUUACACUAAACUGCCACCCCCUCAGGCUGCUCAGCAGAUGAAGAGACCAAAGCAGAAGAUCCAGAGAAUUAGAGGCUGA